AUGGCGAUGGCUAUGGCUCUUCGAAGACUUUCUUCUUCAAUUGAUAAACCCAUUCGUCCUCUUCUCAGAUCCACUUCAUGCUACAUGUCUUCGUUGCCUAGUGAAGCUGUUGAUGACAAGGAGAGAUCUCGUGUCACUUGGCCAAAACAGCUUAACGCACCAUUAGAGGAAGUUGAUCCUGAGAUUGCUGAUAUUAUUGAGCAUGAGAAAGCUAGACAAUGGAAGGGACUUGAACUUAUACCAUCUGAGAAUUUCACAUCGGUCUCGGUGAUGCAAGCUGUUGGUUCUGUAAUGACUAACAAGUACAGUGAAGGUUAUCCCGGUGCGAGAUACUAUGGAGGAAAUGAGUUCAUCGAUAUGGCGGAAACUUUAUGUCAGAAGCGCGCUCUUGAAGCUUUUCGGUUAGACCCUGAGAAGUGGGGAGUGAAUGUGCAACCUUUGUCUGGAUCUCCUGCUAACUUCCAUGUGUACACUGCAUUGUUGAAGCCACAUGAAAGAAUCAUGGCACUUGAUCUUCCACAUGGUGGUCAUCUUUCUCAUGGUUAUCAGACUGAUACCAAGAAGAUAUCUGCUGUGUCUAUCUUCUUUGAAACAAUGCCAUAUCGAUUGGACGAAAGCACUGGCUACAUCGAUUACGAUCAGAUGGAGAAAAGUGCUACACUUUUCAGGCCAAAAUUGAUUGUUGCUGGUGCAAGUGCUUAUGCAAGAUUGUAUGAUUAUGCGCGCAUCCGAAAGGUGUGUAACAAGCAAAAAGCUGUAAUGUUAGCAGAUAUGGCACACAUUAGUGGUUUGGUUGCUGCUGGUGUUAUCCCUUCACCGUUCGAUUACGCAGAUGUUGUAACCACCACAACUCACAAAUCGCUUCGCGGACCUCGUGGAGCCAUGAUUUUCUUCAGAAAAGGUGUUAAGGAAAUUAACAAACAAGGAAAAGAGGUUUUGUAUGAUUUUGAAGACAAGAUUAAUCAAGCUGUCUUCCCUGGUCUUCAAGGUGGUCCACAUAACCACACUAUUACAGGACUAGCUGUUGCUUUAAAACAGGCUACUACUGCAGAGUACAAAGCAUACCAAGAGCAAGUCCUGAGUAACUCUGCAAAGUUUGCUCAGACUCUGGUGGAGAGAGGAUAUGAACUUGUUUCUGGUGGAACUGAUAACCAUUUGGUUCUAGUGAAUCUGAAGACCAAGGGAAUCGAUGGAUCUAGAGUUGAGAAAGUGUUGGAAGCUGUUCACAUUGCAUCCAACAAAAACACUGUUCCUGGUGAUGUUUCUGCCAUGGUUCCUGGUGGAAUCAGAAUGGGUACUCCUGCUCUUACUUCCAGAGGAUUUGUUGAGGAAGACUUUGCCAAAGUAGCUGAAUACUUUGACAAAGCAGUGAAUAUAGCUCUCAAAGUCAAAUCUGAAGCUCAAGGAACCAAGCUUAAGGAUUUUGUGUCGGCAAUGGAAUCUUCUUCAGCCAUUCAAUCCGAGAUUACGAAGCUGCGCCAUGAAGUCGAGGAAUUCGCUAAACAGUUCCCAACUAUUGGUUUUGAGAAAGAAACCAUGAAGUACAAGAACUAA